CAGCCCAGCGCAGCGCGGGACCCAGGGUCCCAGAGACACCCACGCCGACGACUGCCUCCCCCCGCCCGGGCACCCAGACCGCGCACCCUGCUGAUCCCUCUCUUCGGUCUCAGCCCCUCUCGCGUCUCUCUUUCACGCACGGUGCAGCCGUAACUAUGCCAGCAGCAGCAGCAGCAGCAGCCAUCUGGGCCUGGCUCCUGGGCUGCGCCGUCCACGUGGUCUCAGGAGCUGCCAUUCCUCCCAGAGAAGCCGGCGCGCCAGCCUCCAGUGCUUUCUCCCAAGCCAAAGAAAUCCUCAUUUCCGGCGGCCAGGAGUGCAGGCCGCACUCGCAGCCCUGGCAGGCGGCGCUGUUCGACGGGAGCUUUUUGUUCUGCGGGGGCAUCCUGGUGCACCCGCAGUGGGUGCUGUCGGCGGCCCACUGCUUCCAGGAAUCCUACACCAUCGGGCUGGGCCUGCACAACCUCUCAGCCCAAGAACCGGGCAGCCAGAUGAUCGAAGCCAACCUCUCUGUGCUUCAUCCGGACUACGACGACCCCCAACUGGCCAACGACCUUAUGCUCAUCAAGCUGAACAAGGCGGCCGUGGAAUCCGACACCGUCCGCACCAUCCGCGUCGCCUCGCAGUGCCCGGUCCCCGGGACCAACUGCUUGGUGUCCGGCUGGGGUCAGCUAUCGGACGGGAAUUUACCCCAGGUCCUGCAGUGUGCGACCAUCACCGUGGUGUCCGAACUGUUCUGCCACAACUCCUUCCCCGGCCUGUACCACCCUAGCAUGUUCUGUGCGGGCGGCCAGGACAUCAGGGACUCUUGCCGGGGAGACUCUGGGGGCCCCCUGGUCUGCAAUGGGACCCUGCAGGGCCUCGUGUCCUGGGGACCGAACCCGUGUGGCCAACUCAACCUACCAGGCGUCUACACCAACCUCUGUCUCUUCACUAAGUGGAUCCAGCAGACCAUCCAGAACAAUUAACCACAGACUUGAAGUCCCGGCUGCUCCACGUCCCACCCUAGCUCCCUGCUCGUGAGCCGGGGGAGGACAGCAGAAGGUGAUCCAAGUGCUUAGACCCCUGCGCCCUCGUGGGAGGCCUGGAGGAGCUCCUGGAUCCCGGCUCCAGCUGUUGCAGCCCCUGGGGAGUGUGCGUGUCUGUCUCUGUGUGUCUCUCUGUCAAUCUGCCUUUCAAAUAAAUGAAAUCCUGAAAAGGA